CCCCUGCCCCUUAAACCAGCCCCCAGUGAAGCCUUCAGGGACGCUGUCCCACCAUUGAUUUUUCAUGGAAGGUGCCCGGGAAGGUCGGUGAUGGGCUGUGGGGCCACUGCCCCCCAGAGCAGCUGCUGGAGCAGGGAGCUGAGGUGGAUCCAUCGGGAAAGGGCUGUUGCUUCCCGGUUCUGUGCCUGCCGGAGCCUGGCUGGAAAAUCAAGCGGAAGCCAUCAAGGUAGAGGAGAGGAAGCGAGGAAGAAGAAGAAGAAGCAGCAGAAGAAGAAGAAGGGCCGAAGGGCUGGGGCGAAGCAGCCAUUAGGAAAGUGCUGAUGCAGAGGUUCCCUCGUGUCUACGGGCAGAGUUGGAGGAGUUGCUGUUCGCGGACAAAGGCAGCAGGAGGGAGUGGAGCUUUGUAGAAGCCGGAGCCUGUCUCACUGGGUGUCUGUGUUUCAUUCCCUGUCAAAAGCCUGGGAGCUGGGGGGGAAAAAGCAGGGAAGCGGCGAGCUGCAGCGCUCGCUCAGGAUCAGAUAGCAAGGAAACCAAUAGCGGCGAGAAAAAAAAAAAAAAAAAAAAAAAAGAGAAAACCAACCCACAUCAACCAACCAACCCACCCACCCUCCACGCUGAGGCUGGAACAGGCAGGUCCCUGCCAACUCCACAGCACGCAGCAAGCAGGGAAGAAGGGAAGAAGUCCACCCUCCCCGGGCAGGAGCGGAGUUGAGCCCGAAGGAUAUUUGAUGACACUUUGGCAACGAUGGGUCCCCCAGCAUCUUCCACAGCCCAUUUGAGGGUGAAGGCUCCGAAAGCACAGAGGGAGUUUGAAGCUAAAUUCACCUGAGUCUGGAUCUUUUGGUCGCUGGGAUUUAUCUAUUUUUCUUUUUUUCUCCACGGGGAAACCAAACCAAGAAAAAAAACCGUGUUUGCUUCCUUUUUUUUUUUAAUCUCCCUCUUUUUUUUUUUUUCUUUUUUUUUUAUAAUUCUUUUUUUAUUUUCUUUUGGAAGAAGAUUUUUUUUUUCCCCCUGUGGUUGGAAUGGAGGGGUUGGGUCUGUGCCUGAGAAGCAGCAGCCGAACGUCGGUCCUGGGAGAAACCCGAGUGGAUGUGGGGUGCCCUGCCAGCUAACUGUCCAGGAGCUGCAGCCCCACGGCCGGAGGGGCUGGAUGCAGUGAGAGAGCCUCUCACAGGAUCCACGUGGUGACGUGGCAGCCAAGACGUGGAAGUUUGGGACUUCUCUUCCACCACAGGAGAAUUUGGGGGGUGGGCAGGGGUGGGUCAGGGGGACACUGGGAGUCGCAAGACUCUUCACCUUCACUGUGGGCUUGGCUCAGGGAUGACAACGGGCAGAGUCAACCCUUACAGCAUCGUGUCCUCCGAGGAAGACGGGCUGAGGUUGACCACCAUGCCUGGUAUCAACGGCUUUGGCAAUGGGAAAAUCCACACCAGGAGGAAAUGCAGGAACAGGUUUGUAAAGAAGAAUGGUCAGUGCAACGUGGAGUUCACCAACAUGGAUGACAAGCCACAGAGGUACAUUGCAGACAUGUUCACCACGUGCGUUGAUAUCCGCUGGAGGUAUAUGCUCUUGCUCUUUUCCCUGGCAUUUCUGGUGUCCUGGUUAUUGUUUGGGCUGAUUUUCUGGCUAAUUGCACUCAUCCAUGGAGACCUAGAAAACCCGGGUGGAGAUGAUACUUUCAAGCCUUGCGUUCUGCAGGUCAAUGGCUUUGUGGCUGCUUUUCUGUUCUCCAUCGAGACCCAAACAACGAUUGGGUACGGCUUCCGCUGCGUGACCGAGGAGUGUCCGCUCGCCGUCUUCAUGGUGGUGGUUCAGUCCAUCGUGGGCUGCAUAAUCGACUCUUUCAUGAUUGGUGCAAUAAUGGCAAAAAUGGCCAGGCCCAAAAAACGGGCCCAGACAUUACUUUUCAGCCAUAACGCAGUAGUGGCAAUGAGAGAUGGAAAACUCUGCCUGAUGUGGAGGGUUGGGAACCUACGGAAAAGCCACAUAGUAGAAGCCCACGUACGAGCUCAGCUAAUUAAGCCCAGGAUCACAGAGGAAGGGGAGUACAUCCCGCUCGACCAAAUAGACAUUGACGUGGGGUUUGAUAAAGGCUUGGACCGUAUUUUCUUGGUGUCUCCCAUCACCAUUCUCCACGAGAUCAACGAAGACAGCCCCUUGUUCGGGAUCAGCCGCCAGGACUUGGAGACAGAUGACUUUGAGAUCGUCGUCAUCCUGGAGGGCAUGGUAGAGGCCACAGCCAUGACGACGCAAGCUCGGAGCUCCUACCUGGCCAGUGAGAUACUGUGGGGCCACCGCUUCGAGCCUGUCCUGUUUGAGGAGAAAAACCAGUACAAAGUAGACUAUUCCCACUUCCACAAAACCUACGAGGUCCCGUCCACGCCCCGUUGCAGCGCCAAGGACUUGGUGGAGAACAAAUUCCUGCUGCCCAGCACCAACUCCUUCUGCUACGAGAACGAGCUGGCCUUCAUGAGCCGCGAUGAGGAAGAGGAAGAUGAUGACAGUCGGGGUCUGGAGGACCUCAGCCCAGACAACAGGCACGAGUUCGACAGGCUUCAAGCCACAAUAGCGUUGGAUCAGCGGUCGUACAGGAGGGAGUCAGAAAUAUGACGCUUGGUCCUUCCGUUGACUUUUCCAAGGGUAUUUUUUUUCCUCCUCUAAUCUCUUCCCCUACAACCCGCUCAAAUUAUGCAGAACAAUGCAAGUGCCAUAGGAAUGCUUGAGAAAUUAGUAUCGUUCAUAGUUUUCAGUUUCAUCGCAAUAACCACUGAGCGGUCUGCAGAGGGGACGGUGGCAGGCCACGGCGCGUCCCCCGCGCCCAGCGCCCGCGGCAGGGCCCACGGCUCUGGGGGAUGGAUGGACAGAUGGAUGGAUGGACAGCAGGAAGGAUGAGGAGAGGAGGGUCCGUGGGGCGUGGGCAGGAGCUCGCCCCGCACGGCCCCGUGGGGCUUUGCUCUCCCCGCGGGGAAAACGCCAGCGUUUUCCUGGAGCCGAGCACUGCGAGAUCCAAAAAGAGGAAAUAUCAGGAAACAAAUCUUACUCUCUUUCUCUUUUUCUUUUCUUUUCCUUUUAUUUUUUAACUGAGCAGUAACAACAAAACAAUUGCUCCUUCGGCAGGCGGUCUGGUUCAGUUGCACAAGAACAACACUUGAAAUAACAUGCAACAUUAAUGUACUUCUUUUUAAUUUGGGAAAAAACGGGGGAGGGAGGUGAGAGGGUUUUUAAUAUUUUCACCACACCGUUUGGGAGACUGUUUACCAAAUAAUAAUAAUAAUUAUUAUUAUUAUAAUUAUAACAAUAAUAAUAAUAAUAUUAAAUCUGAAAGAAGUCAUUCAGUAUUUUUUAAAAAUGAACAAGGGAAUGAAGAAGACACCAGGUCCUUUGAGGGGAUGACUUGUUAGGUAAAUUCAAGAGCUAAAGGUUAAGACUGUAUCCAAUUUUGGGGUGGUUUUUUACCACUGGCAUGGCUUCAUAUGCAGAAAACAGAUGUAAGUGACUGUAGGUCUGUGGCAGUGAAAGAAAGUAGUGGAAUUAUUGACAAAGGGGGUAAUAACGAUAAGCAGGGCUGUGAGAGAAAAAAAUUGUAAACACGGUAAUUAGCCAAUUUCUGGAAAUGUUGGAUUUCAGGGUGGAAAUGGGGUCUGUAACAUCAGCUGCUGAAGUGUUGGGUCUCCCCAACAUCUCUGAUGGGGAAUUCAUAAGGUUCACUAUAACUGGGACAUUACAGUGAAAAGCACAAAAAUGAGAGUGGAGAGCUCUCAGAAUUGGGUAUUUCCCCACUUUUCUGACCAAUUUGGUAUUUUUGUUCCUUGAAGAAUAUUUUCAAACAUGGAAAUCAAUGGGAAAGUCAUCUUGUUGGGCUGCACUUCUAGUCCUGGAGUUGUGUCCGUGCCAGGCUGGGCUUUAUGAAUUCCCAACCCACCAGAGAGUCCUGCUUCAGAGGCAGAUGUUCUCCCCAAAACAACAGAUGCCAGUUGAGAAAAUCACCCCAUCCUGCGCUUCAGCCCAUCCCUGUGUCCCAGCCUCAAGGUGGAUUGUGCCUUAGAGAUGCAAACUCAUCCCGUGUCCCAGCCCUUCUCCACAGCCCCAUCCUGCAUCCCCCCUCUUGCUCUCAGCACCCACAUCUCAUCAUCCACCGCCUUUCAGGCUGGCCUUGGUUUAAACCUGGUUUAGCUUUGGCUCCGGCACAAGGCAAAGCACCCCAUGCUUGGGAAGCCUCUGCUCCUGCCCUGCUCCCCACAGAGGGAAGGAGUCAGGCAGGUGCAGGUUUGUGGGUCCCUUCAUCUGGCCGUGCUGCUCGUUGGUGCUCUGGGAGCCAAAUUCUGGCUCCCUGCUCCCUGUGGCCAUGGGAAAGGCUCUGUACCCAUGGGCAUCCCUCAUCUGACCCUGGGCAUGGAGCCCUUGGGGAGAGGGCUCAAGAGCGGGGUCCUGCACAGCAUUCUGGCUGUGAUGGGCUCCCGGUGCUUUUCCCCCCACAGCCCACACCAGGGAAGCCGUGUCUUGGGGUCAGGACUUGCUGUGGCGUGUCCAAACAUGGGUGGCAGAAGCAGGAUUUGUCCUGUGUCCCCAUCCCCAUCUUCUCUUUGCCAAGGGCUCUGGGGAAGGGCUGCCCCGAGUGUCCCACUGCCCUGUGCCACCGAGCACCGUGUUGGGGACAGGGACAUCAUCCCUGCAGAGCUUCUUCCCACCAGUGUCUGUCACCAUCACCCCACACUGCCCACCAAGGGGCUGCUCUGUUUUUUGGCUUCCUCUAAAAACCACUGGGGGAAAACUCUCUCCAGGGGCAGCACUGGGAGGCAGCUUUCUCAGCACUGAGUGCCCCAAAUGCGUUGUCCCCAAAAGCGGGGACACGUAGGGACGUGCCAUUGAGCUCCAGCCAUGACAUUUAUGUUUGUAAGGCAGUGAAGGUGGAUGCCAUCCCAUCACCAAUCCCUUUGUUCCUGGGGGGAUGCUUUUACCCCCUGCUUUUUGCACCACAGCAUCUGGGGGGGUGGGAAGGAUGGAUGGGGGGCGGGCAGAGAGAUUUUGUGUGAGCACUACUUAUUUAUUUUUUUAAAACAAAUGCUUUUAAGUGGUUUUAGGUUCUUUUGAAUAAAUAAUUAUUAAAAAAAUAAAAGGUGCACAUCUUGCUGCUGUAGAGUUCUCAGAGGGUUAACUUCUUUAUAAAUAUAUAUAUAUAUCACAGUAAAUAUUUGUAUAAAAACGAAAGAGAAAUAGAGAUGUCUUUAAGUAAAUUAUUGCUUUUAAAGAAACUUCUAUGAUUGUACAGUGUUACCUGGGAGAAUAGAAUAAUAUAUACAGAUGUAUUUUUAAACUGCUGUGUAGGAGGAUGUGAACUGGGACAGGGAGCGCCUGUGGCUGGCACAGUGAGGGGAUUUCAGACCUUCCCUGGCCCCUGUUCACACACCCCCUGCCCCAAGCCCUGCUAGUGAGGGUCUAGCUCUGGUGAGAUGUCCUAUAUCUACUGUACAGUCCUUGUCCUGCCCAUGGACCACGCCGGUACAUAGUGUAUAAAUAUUAUUUUUGCCUACCUGUGAGAGCUCAGAGCUACUGGUCUUUUUUUCCUGCCACCAGGGAGCAUGGGGAAGGCUGCCCAGCCAUAGCUUAAAUCCCAUCAGUUGUCAAAGAAAGGGGUAAAAAAAGAAAAAAAGAAACAAAAAAAAGUGGGGAAAGCCCAAGUUCAGCACUUGGGUUUCCUUAGGGGGCUGGGAAGGCACAGGGAUGCUUUGGGGGUGUGGGUUUCGUGGAGUGGAAUCCCUGUGGGAAGGGGCUUGGAGACGAGCAAGGUAAAAUGUUCUCCCCACAAAAAACAGCCACCAGCCAUUUCCUCCAGCAAGCCAGCUCCAUCCCUGGAGUUACACUUGACCCUUGGAGGAUGGCAGGAGUCCCAAGAAGGAGAGAGCCCCUCAUCCUCUUGGCAGCACCCACAGGGAUUGCCCUGGGCAGGGGCUCACGCAGCAGGGGGUUGGGGUCUGCCCCUGCUGCUGCUCCGCUUUGGCCUCACCCUAAACAACUCCCCAGGGAGGGCAGAAAGCAUCCCCAGGCCCCAAAUCCACCUCUGGGAAGAGCAUCCUGUGCCCUGGGGGGUCUCCGGGACGAGCCUUAGCUUCUCAUCACCGAAUUUAGUGCACUUUGUCUUCUAGGGCUGGGACAAUCACUUAGCGCUCAACCUUCCGCGAUUCGGUGCCUGCUUGACCUUCAAACCUUUUGUAGGAGAUGAUUUCAGAGCCACCUUUUCUAUCUUUAAUAAGGCAGAACAAAUACGUUUAUUUUUAAACCCUCCUGCUCUUCCCUCUCCUCUCGUGCUGACAACCAAAAGAGUCCCCUCUGUGUGUGUGUGUGUGUCCCCUCCCAUUUCUUGCACACAGAAACGAGCUGUGUCCAGCACUCCGGCCACAUCCUGCUCUCCCACCCCCCAAUUCAGGAAUGCUGCCACGGGGGGGUUGGCUCAGGGCAGGAUCCAGAUGCAUCAGGAGCAGGGACAGGACGUGGGACAGCGCCCAACCCCAUGCCACCCAUCCCCUCGGCCGCCAGCUGUGCACAUCUGUCCUGCUGCCCGCUCCCGGGGCACCUUGUCCCCUCCAUGUCCCCCCAAACACACCCCAGUGCUCCCCCAGGCCUGGCCCCACCUGGGUUUGGGGACGGAGAUCUGGCACCAGUUCACAGAGUUGGCAACUGGGAGCACUGGUUUGCCAGGGAUGGAAUGCUGAGUCUGUUCGCUGGGGCAGUGGUGGUAGAGAAGCUGAGGGAUGCAAUGAAGUAUCUGUACCUUUUCCACCUCUGGUGUUUCUCUGUCUCAUUGCACAUAUAUUUGAGAUAUAUGUGACAAUGUAUAUAUAUAUUUGUAAAAUGUAUUUCAGAUGACAAAACUGGCCAAUUUUAUGUUAUUUUAAAUAUAUUAUAUAUAUUAUAUAUAAGAGUCUCCAAAAGAUAUAAAUAGA